AUGUCACACUCAAGUGCUAGUCAUGGUGUUCUUCAUGAUAAUCCAAUUUCUCCAGCAAUUCCACGUAAACCAAAAUCUCCAGAUAAAGACUUGAAUCAAACAUUUGAUCAAAACCUUAUCAACUCAACUGAAAUCGAUGGGCUCAACUCAAACUCAACAACUACAAAUCAAUUUUCACCGGAAGAAAAUGCAAAAGCUACAGCAGAAGAAACAGAAAAUGAUGAGGUAGAUAUGGACUCAUCUCAAGUUUCACAAACUCGACAAGAGAUGAAUAUAGCAUUGAAUCAACCUUCGUUGAUUUUUGUUGAUGAACAAAACAAUUUUUCCACUGGUCAAGACACGACCACCAACAACAAUUUUUAUACUACUACUAUUAAAGAAAAUAAUCAAAAAACAAAAAAAAAUUUAUUAUUAGAAAAUCAAAAAGCACAAAAAAAUUUAUUAUUAGAAAAAGAAAAAAUUCAAAAAAAAAAUAAUACUAUUAAGGAUAAAACUCCGCUUAUGUCCGAAAUUUUAUCAGGUCCAAUAACCGGAAGUUCAAACAAAAACCCAAUUAUUGGUAAAAUCGACUCCAGAAACAACAAAUGGUAUAAUGAAUACAAGACAUUAGUACAAAAAUUGAAACAAGGAGAAAAUUUGACAAUCGAGGAGGAAAGCACAUAUCAAACGUUAUUAAAUAUCAAUAUUUAUGUGAAUACUAUCGGUAAAGAAAAAUGGUUAUCUAUGUUAGGUAGAUUAAACAAGCCGAAAGACGAUUUUAUUCUUGAUUGCGUUGAAGAAUUAAGCAAUAGAAUAGAUCGGAAAUACAAUUUAAAAUUAGAAGUACAACAGGGUCUUGAAUCAAUUUCUGGUAUUGAAUUAUAUGAGGCUGCUAGAGAAUAUUUCGAAGAAAAUCUUGCAAAACAAUUAAAAGUUGAAAAAGAACAAUUGAACAUAGAUCAAAUUACCUUUGAGAAGGAAAAGGAAUUAAAUCAACAAAAUACUUUGUCAAUAAAAACUGAAAUAGAUUUAAUUACACAAGAAGCUUACAAGACGAAUGAAUUGACAAAGAAACAAGAAAUGACUGAAAAACUGAAUAAGUUGAAACAAGAUUUGGUAAUUCUUUCACAAGAAAAGCAAGAUAUUAUUAGAAAAAUCAAAAAUUUAAUCAAAUUACAAGAAGAAAUUGAAAUUUUUAUUGAGUUAUCAGACAAUAAACUAUUUUCAGUAAGUAUUUCCUCCAAGGACUUUCUUUAUUUGGAAUUGAACCACCUGUAUAACAUGAAGUUAAAUUUUAUUCAAAAACAACCACUGUUUGAUAUUGUGGGUUAUCUCGAAAACCUUGUGGAAAAAUACAAUGAAAUUCCAUAUAAAACAGGGAUAAUUCCAAUUAAGCCCAUGAAAUAUGAUUCCGAUUGUGUCGCGAUCUUUGAAUUAAAACAUAAGGCAACAAAUAGAAAUCCAGAUGGAUUAUUAGACAUCCAUUUCAACAAACCUAUCUUGUAUUCUAAGACAGCUACAGAGAAAAUUCAAGUUCAAUUGAGAAACUCAACCAACAAAGGUAUUAAUCAGACUCCAAUUGAAUAUAAAAUUCUCAAAAGAUCUGAGACUAUCUCCCAAAGAAGUCCUUACAGAAUAGAAUCAGACAACAUUGCAAGCUCUUAUUAUUUGAUAGAAUUCAAAGGAACUCAAAUCCCAAAUAUCAGAAACCAACUUGAUUGGUCAAGUAAAUUAACAAUAGUUUCUGAUUUUAAAUUUUGCACAUAUUGCAAAGCAAUUGGUCACGUCAUACAUUCUUGUGAAAAACGUGGAUGUAAAACUUGUCAACUGAAAACACAUCUCACGUUUGAACACAACAAACACAUACCAUCUAAAUAUUUGAAGGAAUCAAAUAACUACAAACCGAAUGCAACCACAACAUUUUCAAAUGAUAAUAAAGAUCAAAAUUCGGAAAAAGAAUGGACACAGAUAACUGGAACAAGGAAACAUCAACCUCCACAAACAAAAACUUUUGAUUUCCAAACCAACUCAUUCGAAAUAUUAAAACACAAAGGUCUGCAAGACACAAAUCAAGAUGAUAGUCUGGAAUCCUCUUUUUCAGUAAAAUCGUCAAUUCAAGAAGGAAUCUCACCUAAAAGGGUUGUUAAAACAAGACCAUUUCAAAGACCAAAUAAAAAGUCCAGACCCAUGACCAAUCAAGAAAUUGAUAAAUUUUUAGAUUCACACAUCCAAAAAGUAAAUCAAGAGAGAGAAGAAUUACAACUUUCUUCCAAUAUCAAUGAAGUAACUAAAACAAAAACAAAUUCAGAUGGAAACAAGACAUUGAAUAAUAGAACUAACUCAAAUAUCAGCGUACAAAAUCCUGAAUUAAAUAACACUUCCGCUUCAAUACAAAACUCCGACCAUUCAAGAGAUUCAACCAUUUCAAAUAACAAAGUUUCAAAUAUAACAACUGACCAAUCCAACAAUUUAACUGAUUCAAACACAAAUGAAGAGGUAACACCACCAGAUCCCGGGCGUGUCUCACAAACCCUGUCGAAUCUGGUAAUCAAUAAUUUAUCAUUAUGA